UUUUCAGGGAACACUUAAGAUCAUUUGAAAUUGAAUAUAUGAUUCUUCUGUUUUAUUCACUCUCUUAUAGAGAGAAAUAUAAAUGUCAUACCUGCAUAUUUAACAGAAAUAAAAUCCUCUACCAGUGUCACAAAACGGGUGCAGUAUGAACUUAAGACUCUAAGUGUCGCUGUUCCCUAACCCGAGCAAGAAAAUCAGUGGGAACUGGGUUGUGUCCUGUAGAGAUACCAAACGCUGUGCAGAAAUUCUAACCUGAAAUGGUUCUCAACUGGUCUCUGUUCAUUUAAGUGCCUUUACCUCUGGUUUUUUUACCUCUGGCCUUUACCUCUGCAUUACAAAGUGGGGCGGAGCUGUUCGUCCUACCAGUAAUCGCUGGGAAGUCUUUAACAAGCUAGUCAUGGCGGCUCUGCAGAGGCGCCCGCCCUGCGGCGAGCUGCUUCUGUUUUUCAAUCUCCUGUGGUGGUUGUGGGGUUCCGAAGCUGGGCAGAUUCGCUACUCUAUUCCCGAGGAACUGGACAAAGGCUCCUUCGUGGGCAGCAUCGCCAAGGACCUGGGGCUGGAGCCCCGCGAGCUGGCGGAGCGCGGGAUCCGCAUCGUCUCCAGAGGUAGGUCGCAGCUUUUCUCUCUGAACCCGCGAAGCGGCAGCUUGGUCACUGCAGGGAGGAUAGACCGGGAGGAGCUGUGCGCUCAGAGCACGCCCUGCCUGGUGAGCUUUAACGUCCUUGUGGAGGAUAAACUAAGUCUGUAUCCCGUGGAAGUGGAAAUAGUAGACAUUAAUGACAAUGCACCGCGAUUCUUAAAGGAAGACUUGGAAGUGAAAAUUCCCGAAAAUGCAGCUCCAUCCUCUCGUUUUCUACUAAUGGAUGUCUAUGACCCUGAUGUGGGAGUGAACUCCGUUCAGAGCUUCAAGCUCAGCGGUAGUAGUCAUUUCUCAGUACAUGUGCAAAGCCAAGCCCAUGGGCCCAAGUACCCGGAGCUGGUGUUGGAGCACACCCUGGACAGGGAGGGAGAAGCGGUUCACCAUCUGAUCCUCACUGCCAUGGACGGUGGUGACCCUGUCCGAACAGGCAUGGCACGAAUUCUGGUAACUGUCGUAGAUGCGAACGACAAUGCUCCAGUAUUUACUCAGCCUGUCUAUCGUGUGAGUGUUCCUGAAAACCUGCCAGUGGGUUCACGGGUGUUAACAGUUAAUGCCACAGACCAGGAUGAAGGAGUCCAUGCAGAAAUAACAUACUCCUUUGUGAAGAUCACAGAAGAGAUCUCGCAGAUUUUCUGCUUAGAUCGUUUAACUGGAGAAAUUUCCACCUCUGAGACUCUAGACUAUGAGGAUUCGAAAUUUUAUGAGCUGGAUGUUGAAGCCCGGGAUCAGCCAGGUCUUCAAGACAGAGCAAAAGUUUUAAUAACCAUCUUGGAUGUGAACGACAACGCUCCAGAAGUGGUCGUUACAUCUGGUAGCCGAGCAAUUGCUGAGAACGCACCUCCGGGGACGGUGGUUGCUCUUUUUCAAGUUUACGAUAAAGACUCUGAACAGAAUGGCCUGGUAACAUGUUCUAUCGCAGAAAGUCUCCCAUUUAAAUUGGAAGAAUCAUUAGACAAUUAUUUUCGAUUAGUGACGAAUGCAGAACUGGAUCGGGAACAGGUGUCCUCCUAUAACAUCACUGUGACAGCCACGGACAGAGGAGCGCCACCUCUGUCUACCGCGAGGCUCAUCUCCUUAGAUGUGGCAGACAUUAAUGACAACCCACCAGUCUUCUCCCGAUCGUCCUACUCGGUUUAUGUCCCUGAGAAUAACCCCAAGGGCAUCUCCAUCUUCUCUUUGAACGCUGUGGACCCCGACAGUGAAGAGAAUGCCGAAAUCAUCUACUCUCUGACCAAAGAAACCCUCCAGGGCGCAGCUCUGUCCUCCUUCCUCUCUAUCAACUCCAACACCGGUGUCCUGUAUGCACUGUGUUCCUUUGACUAUGAACAGUUUAGAGAACUGAAUCUACUGGUGUCGGCCAGCGACAGAGGGACACCCCCACUCAGCAGCAAUGUGUCACUAAACUUGUUUGUGCUGGACCAGAAUGACAACGUACCUGAAAUCCUCUACCCUGCCCUCCCCACUGAUGGCUCCACUGGUGUGGAACUGGCUCCCCGCUCUGCAGAGCCUGGUUACCUGGUAACCAAGGUGGUGGCAGUGGACAAAGACUCGGGACAGAAUGCCUGGCUGUCCUACCGCCUGCUCAAGGCCAGCGAGCCAGGGCUCUUCUCAGUGGGGCUGCACACAGGUGAGGUGCGCACUGCUCGAGCCCUGCUGGACAGAGAUGCACUCAAGCAAAGUCUGGUGGUGUCUGUGCAGGACCACGGCCAGCCUCCUCUCUCAGCUACUGUGACACUCACUGUGGCUGUGGCCAGCAGCAUUCCUGACAUCCUGGCUGAUUUGGGCAGCCUUGAUCUUCCACACAAAUCUGAUGAUUCAAGCCUUACCGUCUACCUGGUGGUGGCCGUGGCCACCGUCUCUUGCAUCUUUCUUGCUUUUGUCAUGGGGCUGCUAGUACUCAGGCUGUGGCACUGGCAUAAGUCAAGAUUGCUGAAGGCCACAAGGAAAGGUGUGUCAAAUCUGUCCACUUCACACUUUGUGGGUAUUGACGGGGUGCAGGCUUUUCUGCAGACCUAUUCCCAUGAGGUCUCCCUCACAGCAGACUCAAGGAAGAGCCAUCUGAUCUUUCCCCAGCCCAACUAUGCCCACACACUCAUCAGUCAGGAGGGCUGUGAGAAAAAUGAGCCCUUACUGACACAGGAAGAUUUAACUUUUUGCAAAGAGGAAGACUCUCUUGAUCAGGUAAGUUUAUUGCUUUUAUUUUUUUUAAAAAAAAGAAACAGGAAAUUGUAAUUUUCUCUUUAAACAGCGGUGAAGUCUUUUCUCUUUUGCAAUGAAUGAUAUUUGUCAUUGUUUGCUUAUGAAUUGUCUCCCAGAGAUCCAAGGCUUGCUCUCCAAUAAAAGUAGUCAGACUUGAGCUUUUGGAAAGGUAUUGCAUUGUAAGGAUCCUGAUCUCAUCAAUGGAUUGAUCCACUGAUGGGUUCAUAAUUGGGUGGACUAUUGGGAAGUGAUGGAAGCUCUCAAGGGUGGGGGGUCCCCAGUAGGAGAAAGCUCAUUUCUUGGAGAUACAUCCUUGAAGGGUGUAAAUAUUACCCCUGGACUUGUGUGUACUGAUACCACAAGGUGAACAGCCUUGCUCUACCACAUGUUCCUACUGUGAUGUUCAGCCUCACCGCAACCUCAAAGCAACAGAGCUAGGGUACAGUGAACGAAACUCUGAACCUCUGAGUCAAAA